UUAUGGACCGCCCAACCGUUGGUACUCGACAAACUCGCACCCUCUGGUCAUACUAGUGCAACACUGUUGCAUUUACCAAAGCGAUAGGCCCCGAUAGGCCGUGACAAAUAACGCCUCCUGCUAUCGAUAUCAAUCAAGAAAAAAUAAAAUUUAUUAAAUAGAGUUGCACAAAAAAAAUAAUAAUAAAAAACUCGAAGUGAAAAUAAGUCGGGCAGGCCAAAAAUGCCAAUCAAAUUGGUAGGCUAAACUAGUGAAUGUGAAAAAAGAAAUUGUGAGCCAACGAGAACGCAAAGCUGCAGCACCAACAGCAGAAUAAGAAGAAGGAGCAGCAGCUGACCACCAGUGGACGUGAGAGCGAGCGAGCGGAGCUGUUAGAAGUGUAGCGUUCAGUUCACCGUUUAACAAAACGGACAUGAACGAGGAAAUCAUGCGAGAGCAGCGCGGCGGCGAGGAGUCCUCAUCCUCGCCAAAAAGUGCAGCGGCGACGGCGUCGCCGUCGAUGACGUUGGCCUCGGUGGCCUUGGAAUCGCACACGACGACCACCGCAAAUGCCAGCAGCUGCAGCAGGGCCAGUCCUAGCAGCAACCCCCCCACCAUUGGAGCAGGUGCAUCCGCAUCGCCAUCUGCAUCAGCGUCCAGCGGGCAGUCGAUGCAGCAGCAGCAGCCCCAACUGAACGCCAUCGAUAUGCGCGAACUGCGCGAAAUCAAGCAGUUGCUGUGGGGCGACAAUGUGCGCGAAGAUGUAUUCAAGCGUUGGUCUCAAGGUUUUGAAUUUAGUAAAGUGGAACCGUCGGCAUUGGUGCAGAAGCAGGGCGGUCCUUGUGCUGUGAUAGCGCCGGUGCAGGCGUACUUGCUUAAGAUAAUUAUCAUGGAAAUGCCAGGCAUCAAGCUGUCGGAGAUUCCUUACGACAAGUGCCAGAACCUGCUGAUCCAGGCAUUGUGCAACAUCCUGAAGAACUGUCGGGCGCCGCGCUACCGCAUUGUCCAUCUUUUGCGCCGACGUGGUAAUGGUUCAACCAAAGAGCGCUCGCCAGCCGCCGAGGCAGAAUCUUCUCCAGCUGUUGUUGACCCAGCAGCCGGAAUAUCUGAAGAGGCAGCCGGUGCCGUUGAGGUGGCAGCUGAGGCCACUCCCGCCUCGGUCAACGUGUUGGCCCAGGAGGUGCAGCCCGAACAGGAACCGCAUCGUGAGCUAUCGCCGGAUGAGUUUCAUGAGCGCCUGCAUACGCUCCAUUUUGAGGAUAUUGCCGCCGUGGCCCGCUUCUAUAUGGAGAACUACGGCCAGCUGGCGCACACAUAUGGCGUACUGCUGUUCAUGUACUCGGUGUUCCUUACCAAAGGCUUGGAGCUGGUGGCCGCCGAUAUAUCGGACACAUCGGAGCCCCUGAUACACAGCACCUAUGGCUAUGGCGGCCAAUCGCUGAUCAACCUGAUGCUAACCGGUCGUGCCGUUGCCCAUGUCUGGGAUAAUGAGCAAGAUGUCGGCGGACUAAAGCUGCGCGGCAUUUGCGAGCAGAGCGACAUUGGGUUUAUAACGCUGAUGGAGCAGAUGCGCUACUGCACUGUGGGUUCCUUUUUUAAGAAUCCACGCUACCCCGUCUGGGUGAUGGGAUCCGAUACGCAUUUAACCGUUCUGUUCAGCAACGAAAAGAGGCUUGUCUCGCCAGAGACGCCCUCGGAAACUGGUCGUCGCAUCUUCAAAUCCUACGAUCCAGAGGGCAAUAAUUUCAUAUCGACCACAAUGCUACGCGACGUUCUCGCCGCCUUGAAUCUGGUCAGCGAACCGCCCUACGUUGCCCUAAUGCAGAAGCGUCUGGAUCCGGAGAAUUUGGGCAUCAUAUUGCUAAACGCCUUUAUGGACGAAUUCUUCCCGCUGGAGCGCCGAUCCACGCCGGAUACAUUCGAGCUGAUGCACUACAACGGCAUACCGGGCUCCAAUGAGAACAACAAGGUUCGUUACUAUUGCGGCUCGGCCAUUCUACUGGAGGGGGAUCUGAAGUCGAUUUGUACCUCGAACCCAAUGGUUACCUGCCUGCAGACCAAGUGGCCAAACAUCGAGAUCAAUUGGCAUGAUGCCCAUAUGCCCUCCUUGAAUUGACGACGUCAAGUGGGCCAGAAAAAGCCGCCGCACAAGGAUUCGCGCGGCCGUAGGAAACCAAAAGGACGAGGGGGAGACAUAGGAGAAACUGGGAAGGAGAAACCACAGCUGUAGACACAACACAAGAUGCAAUUGCACGUUUUAAUUUCGAACCACCCUUCAACAAUUAUUUUUCUGUAUUUAUUUAAUAAUGAUGAGAACCUUUUCAAAAAAUGCUGUUCCAAAACCAAAACUUUACAAAAAAAACAACAACUAAACACUAACAAAGAUGCGCUUUAAACGUGAGUUGCAGCAGCCAUGUUGAAAAAUCGGCAGGAGUAUAUUAGAGAUUCACGCCAAGCGUUGACUCACACAAAACUCCCAAAAAAAGGAAAAAAAAAAACAAAUACAACCCAUAGGCAACAUGGAUAUACAUAUAAAAAAUAAAUACAAAAAAAGAAUUGUAAAAGAAAGGGAAACGAAAUAACACAACACAUAAGUCAUAUAAGAGAGCUCCAACUUCAUUUCGAAAGAAUGUACGUUUAAAUUUGCAUUGCAAAAACGAAACUCAACUAAAAAAAACAAAAUACAGGCAAAACAGAUAUACCUUUAUGAUGAAUAAACUAAAAAAAAACAAAAACUAAAGAAAA